AGCCAAUGUGCAAUGUAAAAUUACUGCCCGGUUCAGGCAAUGUACACGAAAUCUUAAAUAACAUUGAAACAACAUUCAGCAACAUGGAUUUCUUAACGGUAGAAUUAUGGAGUUUCGUCUACCAAGUUUAAUCUUUAUCAUAUUUACAAGUUUUUACUGUUUCAAUAACCGGAGCGACAUCGUUCCGGAGGUCGACGCGGCUGUGGGGCUGACCAUGGCCUGUCGCCAUAACAACAGUAAACCGCAUCAUACCUCAAGACAUGUAAUAUACUCAGGCUGGUACAUACAGUAAAAACUGGCCAGUUCGACGGCACAACGCCAUCUAUCUCAGGAAACAAGACACCUUUUAAAUCUAUUUCAACAUGAGUGGACCAAACAAGAGUUACCUCCCCUCACAGCGCAUGAUGCCCAGUUUCACUACAGUCUCUCCAAAGAGUGAUGACGGAAAAACAAGUGAAUAUAAUUACGAUCUCGCUGAGAGUUCAAAAGCUACCUCCCCCGCACUAUCAUCGCCGUAUUCCAGGAUUCAGGAAAGUCCAAAGACAGUCGCAGAGUUGGCAUAUUCUAGAAUGCAGGAAUUUCCGUACGGCAUAAGUGGGGUUCCCAUGCCCUCAUAUAACUAUAAUAGUGAACUAUAUAAUUAUGUAUCAAACGGGUUUCCACGUAAAUCCCGUAUGUGUAGUUACUGCGGUAAAGUAUUCACUAGAUCUACAACACGACGUUAUCAUGAGAAACGCUGCCCUCUAUUACGCGCUGCAGGCAGUCUGUUAAAUAAUACUGCUACUACUGAAGACCAACGCAAAAACGAAGUCAAAACUUUUUCAUCAAAUACCUCAUUUCCAGUGGUGUCGGUGGCCCCACAGACCUCCUAUUAUGGGGCUUUUCCUUCGUCUCUCUACUCUACCUCAGCUGGCUUGGACCAAAAUCGUAAUCAUGCUUUAACUGGCAUGAAGAUAGAACCUCAGGAACGUAAGGACAGAACAGACGGCAGGGAUAUACGGGACCACAAUUUGGAUCGACCCUCGAGUCGCUUGAUGUCAGACAUGGAGAAUGUCGCGAGACCAAUGUUCUCCCCGGCCAACAUCCCUUCACCAGAAUCGUUGGCCUCUAGGGGUCGAAGUUCACCAUCACCAGUAGGCGAUGAAGGUGAUUCUCAGGUUGACGGGGAAACGUUGAAAACCUCCGCGGACCAUAUAAUAAAUACCUCAAAAGACGUGUUUCACGCAAAGUAUGAACAGAUGUCGGGAUUACAGGCCGUACGUUCUGCCUCAUACAGUCACUCAGGGACGAUAUAUGCUGCCGGCACAGAAAAAGAUGGCUCUCCACAUGACGGCAUAUUAACAGACACGGGUCAGGACCAAUUUCCAACCAAUCGAGAGCUAGGAGAGCGCAAGAGGAAAACGGAAAUGAGAGAGUCAGUUGUGGGAAAUGGGGAUGAUGACGAGUUCUCAGGGAUAACUCAGGGUUAUAAAGAAGACAAUGAAUUAGGGGAGAUAACUCCCAAGAAAAAUAUAUCAGACAAACAGUGUGGAUUGUGUGGUCAACUAUUUGACAACAUUGAAGAAUUAGAAGCUCAUGAACAGCUCCAUACUAAUUAUAAACCUUAUGCUUGUCGAUUCUGUGGGGAGCGCUUCGCAAAGGUCUCCAUGAGAAUCACCCAUGAGCGAGUUCAUAUUGGAGAGAAGCCCUAUGUCUGUGCUAUCUGUGGACUGACCUUCACUAGGAAGUACAGCGUACGUAUUCACAUGAGACGUAAACAUGUGGACGGAGCAUGUUUAUGUCGCUAUUGCGGUAAAACCUUGUUCGAUCUACAGAGUUUGAAAGACCAUCUACUUAGUCACGAUCUACCGAAAGCAGAAAAAGAUUCUCUUAACUACCUCAACACAAAUCCUGGAGAGAAAAACGAUGACGACCUCGACUCCAACGAAGGCUCCAUGUCCUCAGACAACAAUGACGAAGAAACAAAUGGAGUCACAGAUGCCCCAAUUCUCGAAGCAGAAGCUACCUCAAAGUCCAAAGAUAAAGAAUGGUGUCGUUUAUGUGAAAAGGACAUCCCAAAAUCUUUCCUUCGAUACCAUGAGCGCAUGCACGCUGAUCAGAAACCAUUUGAAUGCCCUCUGUGCAAGAAACGGUUUGGCUACAAAAACAAUAUGAAGUCACAUAUGAAGCUCCAUGCUGGAAUAAAACCAUACCAAUGUCACAUCUGCGGAGCUAAAUUUACUCGAGGUUCAACUCUACGCCGACAUGCGAGAAGACAUGGUAUUGUUACCGACAGUGUUUGGGAUUUUUUCACCCAGAAACAAGGAAAAUCAGCUGGAUCUUUAGACCAAUCACCAUCAGCAGGCCGACCAAAAGUUGGUGGGGCAUCUCCGGACGUCUCCAGCACGCGACCUGGUGGAUCAGAAUCCUCUAUCAUGCUACCUGACAGUUCCCAUAACUAUGACCUAGCCUCUAUGGCUGCUGCCUCUAAUGCUGCUAACGCUCUCUACGCAAGUUAUGGCUCUCUACCUCAUGGUUUAUACCCGCCCUACUCAACUACCUCGCUACUGCAGUACGCCGGCUACAAUACGACCACACCACUCGUACAGUCGGACGCCCUGAAUCUAACUGUACACAGCCCUCAUCUUACCUCAAAAAUCAAACUAUUGGCCAAUCAGAUGGAAGAUAACAAUAUUCAAAAAGCUGAUGCUGAAUCGGACGAAAUCAGUCGUAAAUCGGACAGUCCUUCAGACGUGAAACCAGGUUGUCGCAAUAUGGGAGUUCAGGUCAAGUCUUGCUGUCAGGCCGAUGCUAAAGGUCUGCUUGAUGCCUCGUAUGAUCUAAGGAUGCUGAGUCCAUCAAGCUUCGAGAGUAGUGGCUCGGUGGCUACUAGUCCGUCGCUGUCGUCCGGAACAGAGACUUUGAUGAAUGAAACGUUAUCCAGUCUUUUGUCCUCCGGCAAGAUGUUCCGCUGUAGUCAUUGCUGUAGUUUCUUUGCAGAGUAUGCGAUGUAUCGUAUCCAUCAGAAGUUACACGCUAAGGACGCUGCUCACCCGUUCAUGUGUCCUCAGUGUGGAGAAGAUUGCCAAGACCGAAUGUAUUUCUCUCUUCAUCUAGCUGAACAUUUAAAGUAACGAAUCAGAUAUUUUUACUGGUAUGGUUGUAACUGUCGUUGUUCUCUUAAUCUUUAUUGUUAGAAGGGAGGUAACCCUGUGAUAGAUGGUGACACCUGCAAGGAGGAUGCAGUGUAUUAUCUAAUAAACCAAAUUUACAAAGUCACAUUGUCAAUUUAUCACAAGAUGUGAUUUUUGUGAAAUAAAGCUUAAUUUCCUUUGUAUGUCUUGCCAUCUAUUCAGGACUUAUGCCCUUUAACAAUCAGAAGAAUCAGGUAUUUUUGAUGUCUUUAAGUAAAAGUGUUUAAAUGAGAAUCCGGGUAUCUUUGAAUAAUAUAAAUCUAUGAUUACUUUUACUGUAUGCACUUUACACCCACACUUAGAUUGUCAUGGGAUUAUUUACAGAUACACUAGACCAACGCUGGGUGACUCAAGACCAAUACUUGGUGACUCUAGAGCAGCACAGAGUGAUUCUAGAACAACAUGUACACACUUACACUUAGACUGUCAUGGUGUAUGUGCAUGUAUGAUGGUAGCAUAUAAGCAAAGGCUAUUAAAACCUGGUUAUACAAAGGACCAACACUGAGUGACUCAAUUGUGGGGCUAUGUGGUUCAAGAGUGACACUGAGUGAUUCUAGAGCAACAAAUAAUAUCUGCAGAACAGUAUUUAUCAUGCGCUAGUGAAAACUGAGUUGCUACAAUGUUAAAAUUUUAGACUAUAGUGUGUGACUCUUGUUCUAAUUUAUAACUCUAGAAUUCAACUGUUGUUUCUUUGGAGUAUCGCUUUUGUUGCUAUAGAGUAUAACUUAGGUUGCUCUAGAGUGUAAUUAUGCUACUGUACAGUGUAACUUAUGCUGCUUGUGUUGCUCUAGAGUGUAACCGGUGUUGCUCUAGAUUAUAGCUGGUGUUGCUUUAGGGUGUAACUUGUAUUGCUCUAGAGUAUAGCUGGUGAUGCUUUAGGGUGUAACUUGUGUUGCUCUAGAGUGUAGCUCUUGUUAAUUGUUAAGUGAUUUUAUGUGUUUCUGUAUUUUUUAGUCAUGUUAAAUCGGGUCAACAUAAGAAAUAUGCAUAUGGUCGUCUUGGUGAUAAUAUAUGAAAAAGGAGAUGCGUUGAUUGGUUACGUUGUUUUUUUAGAGUAUAUUAUAUAUAUAUAGUUUUAUUAGUAACGUUGACGGACACUUUUUACCCACAGUUAUAUUGUGUAUGUAUGUAUAUAAGCUAAUGACAUGUUAAUGUGGUUGCUUGUUUUGAUUCACUCCAGAGUCCACUAUCACUCAAAUAUUAUUAAUAUUGUUAUUAUAACCGAUAUUUCUUGAAAUUGAUUUUUAUUUUAAAUGUUUAAAUAAUUUUGUUUUUGAUAGCUAAAACUUUUUAACAACGUAUAUAGAUAGCUUCCCAUAGAUUGGCUCAAAAGAAAAUCUUUAUUAUGAAAUGGAUAAUUGAAAUGAAAAGCUUUCAAAUGAUUACAGUUUCCCUUUAAAUUUUGUGUUUGUUUGCUGUAAACAUAUAUAUAUAUAGUAUGGUAUAUUUUUGUUUGUUUUAAAAGAUGUAAAUAUUUAAUAAUUCAAUUGUUUGUUAAACAAUCAACGAUUGGAUAUUACACACUAUGGUUACCUCAGCAUUUAGUCAACUGCACAUUGAUUGGUUGCCUUGUCAGUUGCCACUGAGAAUCUGAACAUGUUGCCUUGGAGAAUCUAAACUUGUUUUGAAUGUAUUUGAAUUGAAACUGUUGCAUUUUCAAUCUGUAAUAAGAAUGUGUUAUGAAACAUGGUUGCUAUGGCUGAAGGGAGGUAACUCUGUUUUAAAAUAAUCUUGACAUCUAACCAAGUUGAACCAGUCAAUGUGUAAUUGAGUUUUGCCCAAAAGAUGGAUCAAGUUACUCAAGACUAAAUUUAAUAAAUUUUCCAUGAACUUGAAAGAAAAAAUUGGACUAUUUUCAAAAAUCAAUAAGAAAGUAGCUUCAGAGAAACCCAAUAAAAAAAUCAAAUUUGGGUCAAAUAAAUUGCUUAACUAUUCCUUUUUGCUUUUGAUAUUUUAGGAAUUUGUUCAAAUGUAUUUGUUCUAUGAAGGCUUGAGUAAAAUUUUCCACUUUUACUUUUAUUAUGAAACUUUAUGUCAAAUAUUAUCUUCUUAUGUACCGGUAACCUUAGUAACAGAAUCUAUUUAUAUAACAUGUCUGCAUUUUUGAUCAUUUCUUGCUCAAAGCCAAUGCUUUGAUAAUGGAAAAUUUGUUAGAGAUGAGAAAAUGCAUCAAAUGUCUGCAUUGAAUUGAACAUGAUUAUUCUUUCAGAAAGUAUCAAAUUUUAUGCGGCUAAAAGGGCGGAUCCAGGAAAUUUUGCAGGUUUGGUAGCUGAGACAAUGUAUGGUCUCUAUCAUCAUUUUGGUGUUUAUACAUAUACACACUGAGCUUUUUAAAGAGAGGAAUCCAACACCCAGUUAGAUAUCAAUUUAUAUUAUGAAUUAAUACGAUGAUAAAUGAUAAAGCACACGACCGUAAAAAGUGUUGUUUUACAAUUUUUUAUGUAGCUCGGAGCUACCAAAACCUCCAAUCUGGAUCUACCCGUGGGCUAAAGGAUUAUUUAUCAUUCAAUUGAAAAUGUCAACGGUACAUAAUCUCCAAGCUUGAAUUCAUUCAGAUGAAAAAGAGGCUCAUUAAAAAAUUUCAGCAAAAUUCAUAGGCGACACUGACUUGUGUGAACUAUAUUCUAUAUUUUGCCUGAAGUGGAUGCAAAAUGUUAAGAAAUUUUCAUAUCUUUGUAAAGUUUUCGAGGUACCGGUAUUCAAAAUCUCACAAAUAAGAUCAGAAACUUUUAAACAAUUCAAAUUUCGAAAUGAGAAAUAGGCUGUUAUAUUUCGUUUUGGGUAUUGUUAUCACCAAGGAAUUGGAAGAAAAUAUUUGACAUAAAGUUAUGUUGUUGUAAAUUUGGAGAUAUGAUCUCAUAUUACAAAGCGGGUCAAGGUCGUUUCUACCAUAUUUACAAUCAUGUUAUUCAUCCUUUUAUUUGUUCUUUCUAUCUUUCAUGUUAUCCCUUCAUCUCUCUGUCUAUCUCUAUAUAUUAACCUCACCAGUAUCAGAUUUGCGUUUCUGUGCCUUAUAUAGGGAUUAAUUUGAUUGCGGAUGUGCGUUGUAUUUCAUAUUGUAUAUGUUGAGUGUGAUGUUAAAUGGGGGGGGAAAUGCUGCAAUAUGUCCGCUUUCCAGAAUUUAUCUCAUAAUUUAAUGUUUUCAGUCAUUCUACUUGCAAAAAGAUUAGAAAUAUAGAAGAAAUCGCUCCAUAAAAAAUUUAUUUUCUGAAUAUGACUAGAAUAUUAGGAGAGUUUAUUGUUAACCUGUAUGGGGAGGUCAUUUGCAUAUGGAAAAUUCAUCUAUCAUUAACUCUGUACUAAAAAAUGCCCAGUUAAACUCUAUUUCCGACAUCCCAAACUGGGUUAACAAUAAAGUCUUUCUGUUAGACUACAACCAUAUAACAACAUUAUUACACAAGAUAGGAUUGGUCUAUUCCUAUUAAAUCUAAAUGGAGGCUACAUAAAAUUAUAUAUUCAGGUCAGAGGUUAUAAUAACCAGCCAAUCAGGGAGAGGUUUACAUGUGGUCACCAUCUUUAAUUGUGUUUUUUCACAUAACAUAUUAUUCUGAAUAUAUCAGAUUGUUUUUUUUAAUAUAUUGCAUUUUCCCUGUCAGUCACAUAAUCACAGAGCUCUGAUUGGUUGCUUACUUCGAUUUAUGCUGUAUUCUGAUUAGUUGAUUUUUAAAUGUUGUAAAAAGUUUAAAAAUUUUAUAUAAUUAGAGAAAAAUAAAAUAUAAAAUUGAACAUUAUUUUUAUUGAAUUUCAAAUAAUAGUUUUAAAAAAAAAAAAAAAAUCUAAUGUGUCGGUGGGAUAUAUAACACGAAGAAACCAAUCAGAAACUCUGUUACAUUGUCUCAUGCAUAUUUGUGCUAUGUAAAAAUAUAUAUAUUAUUUUAAUUCAUCUUUAUAAUUAGUUAUUUUCAAUCGUUCAUUUUAACAUAAUAACUAAAAGUAAUGGAAAAUUUAUAUUCA